AUGGAAGAUAAUAAUAAUAGUAGUAGCAAUGAAAAUAAACAAAAUGAAUUAUCGACACCAUCUAUUAAAAAAGAAAGACAUUUAGUAAUAAUGCAACAUGGUUUACAUGGUACUUCAUUAGAUUUUAAAACAAUUAGAAAUCAUUUUUUAAAACAAAAACAUUUAGACAAUUGUAUAUUUAUAUCAGCAAAUAGUAAUAGUCAUUUUUUAGCAACACAUGAUGGUAUUGAUAAAAUUGGAGAAAGAUUAUUUAAUGAAGUUAAAGAAUUAUAUGAACAAUAUGAUCAUCCAGAGAAAAUAUCAAUGAUUGGACAUAGUUUGGGUGGUUUAAUAACAAGAUAUGCGAUUGGAUUAUUAUAUGAUGAUGGAUUCUUUAAAAAAUGUAAACCUGAUCAAUUCAUUAGUUUAUCAUCACCACAUUGUGGCAGUAGAAGACCAUCAACAACUAUAUUCAAUAAGGUAGCACAUAUAUUUGUUGAUAAUUUCCUAUCAGUUACAGGUAAACAAUUGAUAUUACAUGAUACUGAAAUACCCGAUAAUAUUAAAACAUUUCCAUCGACAUCAUCACCACCACCAAAUGAAAAAUUGAAAUCAUCAAAAACAAUUGUAAAUAGUUCAGUAAAGAAUGAAACAGAUUUAUCAUUACCAUUGGCAGAGGCAAAAGAGCCAUCAAUCUAUAAAGAAGUUGGAAACAAUGAGAAGUUAAUGAUUAUUGAAAAGAAAGAAGAGAACGAAAUCAUUACAAAUGAUCAAGAAGUACCAAUGCCAUUACUGGUUAGAUUGUCAGAGGGUAUAUUUUUCAAUGGUUUAAAUUCCUUUAGAAAACGUACACUUUACUCAAAUAUUUAUAAUGAUGUUCAAGUUAACUUUUGUACCUCUGAUAUCUCUGCAAAGAAUCCUUACACUCUUGGAAAGUUAAUGAAAUUCUCUGAAAAGUAUAGACAUAUAAUUGAAGAAGAAUCAAUUUUAGAUAUAGAUCCAAAUUUAUUAGAACAACAAUCACCACCACCAGAUAAAAAACCAUUUGAUGAAAAGGAUUUAGAUGAAUAUUUCACUCAUGAUACUCAUCAUCAUUUCUUAAAGAGAAUAUUAAAAAAUUUAAACCAAUUACAUUUUGUUCGUUAUCAUAUGUAUUUUAAAAAUAUGUUAUCUCAUACAAAUAUAAUAGUAAAAAGAGAAUGGAUAAAUAGUGAAGGUUUCGAGAUCAUUGAACAUUUAGUUUCACAUUUUGAAGGUUAA